CCUCUACUCGGUCUGACUCGGUCUCAACUCUCGCCGGGUUAUCGAUCAUUCUUCUGUUACCUUGUGUCUGAUCGCCGAACUUGGUCGUGGGUUCCAGGAGAAAGACAGGAUUAAUCGAUUAGUUUCGUGUUUACGGUUUGAAAGACGGUUCUUUGGAUUUUCAUUCCAAGAUUUCGAUGCUUCGGAAUCAAUACUUGCAGGUUUGAAGGGAUUUCCGGACGAUGCUGGAUUUUCGGGAAGAAGUGGAGGACGAUUCUGAACUUAAAGGAGAGGCAUGCUCUUCUACCUGUCAAGGCUUUGAUCCUUUAAACGAUCUGGCUUACUUGCGAGAUUCAGGUUCCUCUUCAAUUCAAACUUCUGGGAAUGUUUCCAUGAAGAAAGGAAAUGCAAUAAUGAGAGUCAAUGAUGCAUCUGAUAAUAAGCCUAUUAGGGUGCGGAUCAAAAUUGGUUCUAAAAUCUUGUCCCGGAAAGUUGCAGUGGUGCAUAGAGGUCCUGGUCUUGUUGAUUCUCCAGAUUUACCCCCAGAAAACAGUCAUAAUGAUAGCUGCAUGCCGUAUUCAUCUCUAGAUACACCUAAUGAAUCUCCUUCAAGCAUUCUUCGGGAAAUGACAUCAGUUCCUGUCCCAGAGGGUCUACUGAUGUCACCACUUCCUGAUAUUCUGCUUCAUGCAAUGGAAAAGCCAAAACAAAAUACUGUUGCAGACAAUGAACUUGUGGUUAAGGUUCGAAAGGAACUUCCUGUUCUGUCACCAAACAUGUCUUCUGAUGUUUUAGGUAAUGAGAGAACUCUGAGUGGGAAGAAAAAGCGUGUAGUAGGCUUUGUUGAUGCUACUACUUGCAAGGAAAGUCCAUCGCUUGAAGAGAUAAAGAAGCAAAAAGAAAUUCCCGUUGAUCAGAGAGCUAGGAAGAAGUUGACUUGUGGUUUAGGUGGGGUUAAUGAUUCUUCUACCUUCAAACAUAAGUUGCAGAAGGACAUUUAUAAGGAUGGAGAAAUUGCACUUGAAGUCGUACUUAAGAAAUCAAAUAAAAUUAUUGUUUCUGGUGGACGGCUAGAGGAUCCAUUUCUGGUCAGCUCGGAGGAGUUAAAAAGGGCAUCUUCAACAAAGUCAAAAGAAAACAUUUGCACUAACAGAUUUGGUGCUAAACUGUUAUUUGGGGCAACUUUGGAGGACAAUGCGUAUAUUGGUCAGAAUAAUAUGGAUAUUGGUCUUGGUUCUGAGGCUGCACCUCCUUCAACCAGUCUUCAACUUGAUAAUUGGGUUCAGUGUGAUAGUUGUGAGACGUGGAGGUUGCUACCAUUUGGGAUGAAACCCGAACAGCUGCCUGAUAAGUGGUUAUGUUGCAUGCAAAUUUGGCUGCCUAAUAUGAACCGCUGUGAGGUAAGCCAGGAAGAGACAACAUCUGCUGUUAUAUCAUUAAACCAAAUUUCUGGUUCUGGGACGCAUAAUUUGGAGAAUGGUGUUACCAAAUUUGUCUCUAAUGCUGGUCGAGUUGAUCAAAGCCAUCAACCUCUCACUUCAAGUUUAUUGCUUAAUAGAACAAAGAAGAAAUCCACAGGGAAAGACUUACCUAAAGGAGGUCUAGUCAUUACCCGGGUUGAGGCAGCGAGCUCUAGGAGAAGUAACUUACAGGUUCCUGGUCAAAUAAACACUGUAGAGAACCACAGUGCUGGACGGAUAUCCAAAGCCCAUGAAAUUGGUAUGUCAGGUGAUGUUGAUAAGGAAAAGUAUGUGACUGCCCAAAAAGCAAAGCGCCUGCGAGCAGGUACUGCCUGUCAGGUACGUGCCGAAACGAAGCAGGAGAAUGAUCAAGAAGAUGGUGAAAAUUCCAAGAAAACCAAGGACCAUGACGGAAACGCACUAGCGAAGAAGAUUAAAUCAGUAGAAACACCUUGGAUAUUAAAUCUGAAAAGGAAUACUGCUGAGAGAAGCACAAAGCCUUCUGACAAUGGUUUUCCAGCUAUGGACUUAGAGCGAGACACAGAAAAGAAAGCACUUGCAUCUAAAGAGAAACUUGACCAUCAAUCUCAAUCCACAACUGGUGCUGGCCCCUUCGCUGCAAAAGCUUAUGAUAAAACCAUUGCUCCCGCAAAGAGGAAAAAAUUGGUGGAAUACAAGGAUGGAAGGGGACAAGUUUCUGGGACAGCAACUUUAAGCUCUUCAAAGGUUUUAGGAUCACAUAAAAGCGGGAGGGCUUAUGCAAAGGGAGUAAAAGCAUCGCCAGAGGAAUUGAUUUCCUCAUCUCCUAAAAGAUCUUCCUGCACGAAAGAUCUUGCAUCAGCUGGAGAUAGCAUAUCUCAAAAUCUGCACCGCGGUGAUGCUGGGAGUAGAAUUAUUAACAAGAGAACAUAUCCAGAAGGUGAUUGCGAGUUCGAGACCAGAACUCAUUCCAGCAAUUAUAAACAAUCAAAACUUGAACUAUGUGAUCAGAACUCAAAGUUUGGUGGCCUAUCUUACACAAAUAGGAAUACUACAUCCAGGCAGAAUCAAUUACAGGAAUAUCCUUCUGAAACCAAAGCUGAUCAUCUACAGUCAGCAGUGUCUCAGGACAAUAUCCUAAAAAAUAACGCUGCAAUAACGAAAGUCAGUGCCUUAACUCAUGGGAGUAUGGAUAGCUCCUGUCAGGUUGCAAAAGAUAUUCUUAUAGAGGCCAAAAAGCUUAGAAAGCUUGCUGACUGUUUGAAGAGCUCUGGCUUUGAGCGUGGGCAUAAAGAGGCCAACUUUAAAGCAUCCUUGAAGUUUCUCUACGGAGCUUCUCUUCUAGAAGUGCACAGUGGCGAGAACGUUUUGAAUGAGAAGAUGGAUCAUGUUGAAGCUUACCGUAUUGCUGCAAAACUUUCUGAAAGCUGUGCUUUAGAAUAUGAAACAAACCAAGAAAUGGCUGCAGCUGCUCUGGCCUAUAAAUGCACGGAAGUGGCAUGCAUGAGGUUAACAUAUGGUAGAAGUCUUGGUGCAAGUAGAGACUGGAAUUCACUUCAAAAAAUGCUGCAGACGUCUCCAAAAGGUGAAUCACCAUCUUCUUCUGCAUCAGAUAUCGAUAAUCUUAAUCACCAAGGACAAGGCAUGGUGGAUAAGUCUUCUUUUACUAAGGGAGGUCUUCCUCAUAUUGCUGGAAACCAUCUCGGUGUAGCUAGAAGCCAGCAAAAUUUUGUUCAGCUACUGGACUUUGUAGAGGACAUGAAUUUGGCAAUGGAAGCCUCCGCAAAAUCACAGAAUGCUUUUAGAGCUGCCACUGUCAGCUUAGAGAAAUCAGAGUUUAGAGACAGUGUUUCUCUCAUUAAGAGAGUAGUCAAUUGUAGCUUCCACAAUGUGGAAUCGCUUAUACGGCAGGUUGAGCUGGCAAUGGAUGCUCUAAGUCAUUCGACUUUUUGUGGCGUCAAAUAUUGACUCUUUUUGUCCGCAUAGACUAGACCUGUAAUUUCUCUCUGCUCUGGUUUAAGGCGAAGAAGAGCAUGUUGAGGAGAAGUGUGCAAUACAGAAGGUGGUGACCUAGAUUUUCUUUGGCUUCCCUGUACAUCCAUAGAAAACUUCUAUUUGUUAGCAUAUUCCAUUACUUGUUUUUGAGUCUCGUUACCCUUGAUCAGACUAGGAAAGGAAUACUUGGGGAGAGAGGGACAUUAGGUCUUACUAGUCAUUCUGGUUUUCUUCAAACAGAAUACAUAUAGAAGAGUAGUAGGUGGUCAUUUAGAGGUUUUCUAGAAAUCAAACAAUUUGCUCUACCCCUCUAAUCUUGUUAAUGUUUUGUUCAAACUAUUUGUUGGAAUAGAAAAUUGCAGUUUGAGGGGACUCCCCUGAGUCGUCCAACAUCACGUUCAGAUUAUUUUGCACUUGAUUUAGAGAGAUCGAUCGGCUUUUCAGGUAUGUAUAAUGCCCCUUAUUUUUGCAUCCUAUUAUGUGGAGUGGCGGUUGACGGAGAAAAUGUUUAACUACUUGAUACUUUUAAAGAAUCAUUCUAUAAUCAUAUUAUGCAUUGAUUUACAUUUUCCCUUUCAUGAAUGUUUGGAGGUAGUGACCUUAUUCUUCUUGAAGUACACUGGUAUUCUUUUUUAUCUCUUCCUUUUUCGUCAGAUAGCUCAGUGGAUUGAAGAGUACUCCCUCGUAGAAGUUCUUGACCAUUUGGUAAGUUAACUAUUACAAACUCAUCUCUGGAUUUAAGCUCUUGAUUUCUUUCCUUAUUUCGCCCCUAAAGUGGAUAGCUAAAGAUAUGUGGAAGCUGUUCCCCUGCACAUCUUUUUCCUAUCUUUAUCAUCGUUAAUUUGGAUAUGAAUUCGAUAUGUAUUCUUCAUCGUUUUCAUCCGAACGAAUGAACUGAAGAGCCUUCGAAACUUUGUCUUCUUACAAUAAAAAUGAGGAGCAUGUUCAGUUUCUCUCGAGCUCUGUAACUGAUUCAUUUUUCAUUCUUGUUAAACCUUUUUUCUUAAAAGACGUCUCACAGAGUUUUUGGUUGAUUGUUUUGCAGAGAAAAUUUUGUUCCUUCUUAAUACAACAACAGUCUUAUAUUCUAAAAUAUCAUAGGCAGUUGAACUCAUAUGGAUUCAAUUGUUGAGUAGGUUUGUAAUCCAUCAGUAUGGAUUUGAGAUAAUGAAAUUAGUUUCAGGGCUUAUGUCUCUUUUUUUUCUUCUGAAACUUAGUUCAGUGUUUGUAAAUAAAUGAUUUUUCAUCAUUUCACAAACUUAUUUUUAA